AAAGGCUCAUGGGAUGCGCGCGGUCUGCACCAGCUUCCGGUUCAACGGCUCUCCGUCGGCUGCGUCGUUUCUGAGCCAUCUGAGUUAUCCGUGUCGCUGUCGCAAGGUCUACGUGCGCUUUCUUCAUCGCAACCCAUCGCGUAUGCUGCGAAUUCCUAGUGGACGCUACCAUGGCCGCACCUAGGAUUGACCACAACAGAACCUUCGACCUGGACACUGGGAGAAAUCUCCACUAUGAGCAAGGGGAACAUCUGUGGCCGCAGAUCAACUACGCAGCCAUAUGCCAAUAUUUCGUGCAAAAGGAUAGCCACGAUGGUGCAGCUGCCAAUGCCUUCCGUGCGCUGGAUGCUUACCAGUAUGUUAAAUCUGGUAAAGUCCACGAUAUUAAGACAGCAGUCCCACAACCGGGACUGCGCGUUUUAAAAGGCUAUGUGAGCCCAUCGCAGAGGUCCGGGCCUCUGUAUGAAUGUUGGAUUGCAGUGAAGGACAAGGGUGAAAUCGAAGAUGCCAGGUGUUCGUGCAUGGCGGGGUUGGGGCGGGUCUGCAGUCACAGUGCUGCAGUUUGCUUUGCUGUCGACUUUUGGACCCAGGUCAGCACUGGACAUCCCGCUCCAACGGAUCUGCCAUGCCGGUGGGUGCUGCCUCGCCUAUAGAAGAUCCCAUCUAAGCCAGCCAAAAAUAUAUCCUAUCAACGGCAUCGUUAUGGGCCAACGGCAACAGUGACGAAAGAGCGUGGAGCAGUUAAGCUGAAAGGGAUCCCUGACGUAAAAGGCUUCCUGGAAAGCCUGCAGCAGGUUGCACCUUCAUCCAGGGUUUUCACACUAACGACCCCCCAGGCAAGAGUGGUUCCUGCUGCCACAGUACCGCAAGAUGCCACUGUCCUGCACAAUUCUCCUACAGCAACUCUAGAUAUAACUCUCGAGGUACCAUUGUCUGCGUAUACCUCUAGGCUUCUCAAUUCAAAAGGUUUUAAAAAUGAAAAUGUGGGUGCCUUGGCAGCCGACGUAGUAGACAAAUUCAUGAUAACAGCGGCUGAGGCAAGGAGAAUUGAAUGUUCAACAAGAACGCAGGCAAACAAUCCCCUGUGGCACCAGCAUAGAAAAGGCAGGGUAACUGCAUCAAUCUUCAAAAAUGUGUGUCGUUCGAAAAGAGUGCGCUGCACGACUCUGCUAAACAAGAUCAUGAGCCCGCGCCCAUUAAAUGUGCCCGCCGUUUUGUAUGGUGUAGCCAAUGAGCCGGUGGCCAAAGAGCGGCUACUUGAACACCUGCAGACAAUGCAUACUAAUGCACGCAUUGAAGCAUGUGGCCUAAUGGCACACCUAAAUUAUCCACUCCUCGGCUGCAGCCCAGAUGGCAUUUUCUUAUGUGA